AUGGUGGACGAUGAGUGCAGCAACCUGACCUGCUCCGACGUGGAGGACAAUGUAAAGCAUACGUUGACUAGUAAGACGCGUUCCAUGAGCCAUGACAGUCUGAGAGUCAGUCAUCAUGACGAUGAGGAGGAAUGUCGUCGCCGCAGCAGCAAUGACAGUAGCGAUGACGACGACUCUCAUUGUGAAGAUGAUGGAUCGGAUGAUGAUGAUUCUGCGGAAACCAUUGCCUUGUUUGGUGUGGAUGGUCGAACGGGGCAUCACUUUCUUCGAUUGGCAUUGGAUGCUGGCUACAAAGUCCGUGCGUUGGUGACACCCACCACCAAAUUGGAAGGACAGGCAGAGUUUGAAGAUUUGCACACGGUGUUUGGCACGGUGAAUGAACAUGCCAAAAUCCAGGAAGUAGUGUACAGUUCUACCUAUGUGGUGUGUAUGGUGGGAGAAACCGCCUUGGCCAACGCCACUCAAUCAUCCGGUGGCGGCUAUCCCAAGGAAUAUAUGUUGCAGUUUGUCAAGACGUUGUUUCGUGUCAUGGGCAAACAGGAUGAUCCUCCCAUCAAAGGGUUUCUCUUUCAGGCGACGUCUCUAGCCAAAAAUCAAUGGGGGGAACUGCCGGCGUUGUCUGCUCAUAUCCGUAACUAUUGGAUUCGACGCCGCACCCUCCAAUACUUGCAAGACCUGGAUGGUGUGAUUCAGUACAUUCAUUCUCAGAGCUGGGGUGCUGAUGCUGAUGAUGAUAAGGUUGCCUUUCCAUACAUUAUCACACGCCCCACUUCCUUUCUCCGAGAUGGAAGAUCCACCAAAAAGCUACAGGCAUCCAAGUCGCAACCUGGCUUUUUCCCGUAUUGCAAUGCAGAUCUGGCUGAAUUUACGUUGAAUGCUCUCAAGAUGCCCAAGCUCUACAACACCUGUCGCUAUGUUGUCGGGGAUGGUUGCUAG